AUGGAUUUCUCACAGAUAAGAAGGAAGGAUUUUAUAAUAAAAGAUGUAGUGUUAAGCAUGCGCGUGGUAGGGAUGGUUUUAUUCUGGCUGUCUGUAUGCAUAGCCACAGCGUCCAAUCCAAACAAGUCACAUGCAGACCCAUUAAGCAUAGCAGAUGAGAAGGAAUUUUCUUUCGCACACCCAAAAACUAGUGCAAUACGUGGUGCCAGGGAAACUAAGGAUAUAAAAGAAGGCGAGGACGCACUGAAGAACGCAAUUGCAUGCCUGCAAGAUCAGAAAUUCGAGAAUGAACUAGACCCAGAAAGGACUCCCAUGCUUGUCCAAGACAAACAAAAAAACACCUCUAUUGUAGGAGAAGAAAGCCCACACAGUUAUAAAAAUGCAGAAGACCAGAAAGUAUAUAUGGAUGAAAAGACGUAUAAAAAUGAGAUGCAAAUUCUAAAAAAAAUGACUGACUAUGCAAAUCUACAGUAUGAUAAGUUUAUGAUAAAUAAAAAAAAUGUUCAGGAUUUGGUAAAGAGGUAUGAAAAACAUAAUAGUAUGUACAAACAUGCCUUUAAAAAAAUAGAGUCUAUAGGCAACAAAAUCAAGAAAUCUGAUAACUUUUUUCCUGUUAAAAUACCAAGCAGAAAAGAGAUGGAGCACUUAAGUAUAGAGAAUGAAAUUAGUAUGCUGAAUACAAAGUCAAAUAAGCUAAAGGAAAAAGAAAGAGCUGAGGACGAAAUAUAUACCAAAGCUUGUGAUUCUACAAACGAGCUAGACAAGUAUAAGUACAGGUUGGGAGAAGACACCAUAAAAUACUUUAUGCAAAUAGUAGACACCGAGGAAAAAAUGAAUGCAGUUAUAAAAUGCAAUUUAGAGCUUGUUAACGUAAUGCAAGCCAAAGAUAAACUAUUGCUCAUACUGAGAGAGAAAGAGCUUAACUAUUUGAAAGAGGAUAAAAAAGACACACACUGUUUGGAAGCAAUAAUAGAAUUGUAUGAAAAGCGCCUGGGCUAUAUGGAUGCUAUGGCCAAUGCACUAAAUAACAUGAAUGAUAUCCAGGAUAUCAUUGUACUUGGGUCACAGCAUGUAUAUAACGAAUAUAAAGUAUAUUAUGCAGCAAAAAAGCUCUGUGAUCAACAAGAGGUAGAUUUAGAAGUAGCAAAAAACAGGCUAUCUGAACUAAGCGAUGAGGAAACAGAUACAACUCCAAAUACACCCAAACACGGGCGACUUGAGACUUCGGUUUAG